UCUUUUCGUGGCUCUUUGGGAAAACUCUUGGGCAGCUUGCCAAACGCUCAUAUAGAGGCCAGACGCGAGGAAAACUCUGCUUAUCGAUUACGCACGUAACACAUUUGCCCCACAGUCGAAGAGCAAAAGGUUCAAGAAAUCCACCGAGCCAAACAUUAUUUCUGCUGCCGAAUGAUAAUGGAGAUGAUAAUGAGGCUGUAACUGGGCCACAAGAGACCAGACCGAAAGGAAGUGCCAGUCAAGAGCGGAAAACCAGCAACCAGAGUGGGUAGGGACCAGAGGAGGAGCAGCCAGGACCAACCAGCAGACACCAUCCGAGUUCAAGGAACCGGCGGACAAUGAAUCCCUACACAGCGGGUGGCGGAGGAGCCAAUCCUUUUGGAGCUCCGGCCGGAGGUGCUGGAUUUGGCCAGCAGGGCUACGCCUACGAGCAGCAGGCAACAGGUGGCUACGACCAGGGAAUGAAUUACGGCAAUCAGCCGCAGCAGCAGGCAGCCGGAUACGGACCACCUGGAGCCAGACCACGGGUGGAUGUGGAGGCCAGUGGCGAGGUGGAUCCCAAUUUGUAUCCUGAGGCCAAGGAGUCAACGCACAAAGUUCGCGGCCACUCGGACAUCCUGGAAAUGUUCUUCGGGGCGAGCACGGAGCGUGAGCUGAUUCCCGUGAAGAGUUUCUACUUCUUCUUCUACGCCGCCUUUGGAUCACUGUUUCCGCUGAUGGGCGUGUACUUCAAGCAGAUGGGCAUGAAUCCAGGCCAAUGUGGAAUCCUGGUGGGCAUGCGGCCCUUCGUCGAGUUCCUCUCGGCCCCGUUUUGGGGCUCCUAUGCGGAUCGCUGUCGCCAGGGCAAGAGGUUGCUACUGGGCUCACUGGCCUGCUGGGUCCUCUUCACCAUUCCGCUGAGCUUCAUCCGGCCGGAGGCUAUAAACUGCAUCGAACGCCGGAAUUCCACGGACUUUGUGCUGACAUACACUCGAACCAAACGCGAUCUGACGGCCCAGUAUGUGCCGGAGCAGUUGGAUCUGGGAGCCGGGACCAUGCCAGCGGAUGAGGCUCUGGAGGAGGCAGAGGCAUCCCACAGCCGCCACAAGAGAUCCCUGCUGCUGCCCAGAAUCGAUGCGGGCAUCUCGCCGGUCCACAUCAACUUUGUGAGCAACUACGAUGACAAGUACCACCGGGAUUACGUGACGCCCAUCUUUAGUUCCAUGGUCUACAGGACUCCGGAUAUCCAAAAGGCCUUCUUCCUGCUGCUGCUGGUGAUCCUCAUUGGCGAGUUCUUCAGCGCCCCGGCGAUCACUUUGGCGGACUCGGCCGUGAUCACGUUGCUGGGCGAGGAUGCGGACAAGUACGGACACCAGCGAAUGUUCGGGUCCCUGGGCUGGGGCAUCUCCAUGUUCCUGGUGGGCAUCGCCCUGGACCACUCCACCUCGUUCUCGAACCACCCGUGCGGGGCCGGCAACAAGGAGAAGAACUACAACAUCUGCUUCUCCAUCUUCUCGGUGCUGAUGACCUGCGCGAUAAUCUCCGCCUCGAAGAUCACCUUCAAGUACGACCCGGUGGACGAGCAGCUGGCGUCGCAGCAGCAGACGCAGUUCGUGGACCCCAACAAGCGGGCCGAGGAGGAGUCGAUGAACCAGUUGGCGGCCCAACUGAACCUGCCCUCGCUGGCCGUUGGUAGCGGCAGUGCCGCCUCGGGUGCCGGUGCCGGUGGCGUCAGUAGCUUCCUGGCCGCCGGCCAUCAGCCACAGCCGCACAUUGGGGCCGAGUCCAAGGUCUUCGCCCAGACGGCCAAGGAGCUGCCCGAGUGGAUGACCGUGCUGACCCUUAAAGACCUGAAGACCGCCUCCUUCCUGUUCGUUGCCUGGUUCAUGGGCUUUGGCAUUGGCCUGAUCUUCACCUUUCUGUUCUGGCAUCUGCAGGACUACGGCGGCACUCCCACCCUCUUCGGUGUGGCGUCCGUCAUCAAUCACGUGUCCGAGAUCUUUGCCUACUUCUUCAGCUUCCGUCUGAUCACCCAAAUCGGUCAUGUCAAGGUCUUGUGUCUGGGAUUGAUAGGUAAUGUGCUGCGCUUCCUUUAUAUUUCGUACCUGACCAAUCCGUGGAUGGUGCUGCCCUUCGAGCUGAUGCAGGGCAUCACCCAUGCUGCCGUGUGGGCAGCCUCCUGCUCGUACAUUGCCCACAAUACCCCCAAGCAUCUGCGAGCCUCGGCUCAGGGCGUCCUCCAGGGCAUCCACCACGGAUUGGGGCGUGGCUGCGGCGCCAUCAUUGGCGGCAUGUUCGUCACCUACUACGGUACUACUACUACCUUCCGCUGGUACGGCAUAGCCUGCCUCUUCGUUCUCGGCUUCUUCAUCUUCGUCAACUUCUACCGCAAGGAGCAGGGCUUCAUCUCCGAAAUACCCGUCACCGAGGAUCCGCAUCAGGUGGCCGAGGAGACCUCGCAUUUGGCUCCUCAUGGGGUUCCCAGCAAUCCAAUUCCACGGGCUCUGUCCAAUUCGCGGCUGAACGAGAUGAAUCCGAACGGAGGACCCUAUGGCACCUACCAGACCACUGGCGGCAAUCUGGACAUUCCCGGAGCCAACCAGCACAAUCCAUUCGCUCAGUAAACGGGGACAACCAGUAGUCGGCUCACUCAGGCCAUCUUCACACUCAUAGAACUAAAACGAACAAAGUAUAACCGCAAACAUAUCUUGGACAUUGGCCUGCAAUAUGAAUUGCAUAACUGCAUUGCUUUAUUUUGAUUUGUUGGGCAAUCAACAUACGAUCUACACAUAGCAUAGCAUAUACAUAUACACAUAUAUAUUUUAUAUAGGACAUGCCACAUAGCCAGCAUAAAUGUUCCGUAUGAGUUAGAUUGGUUACAGUCGAUGGAGUGGGGUAAAUCGAAACGAAUUUUCACAUAGCAGCUUAGCAAUAUUUAUAGGGCAAUAUAUGUGUGCGUACGGAUAGAUGUAUAUAUAUAUUGUGCCGAUCUAUAAUAUUUAUAGGCCUUUUUUAUAUCAGUUGCAUGGCGCCGGGCGGAGAUUAUCCUCACGGUUUGUUUUUUUUUCAUUUAAAAAUAUGCCGAGUUUGUUGCCUGCUUUUGGGCGAUUACCAAGCAAAUCACACACACGCAUGGGUUACCCCCCGAAUCACACAUAAAGUACCUAUACAUCUAUGCAAAUAGCAACCUAAACCGAGAUUGAAAACACAACAAAUAAAAACACCAAUAGAAAAUGUGAAUACGGGGCGUUUCAAGGCUACAGGACAUCGGGAAGCAGUGCGAGCUGCUUCGUUUAGCCGCAGUUGAUUAUGACUAUGAUGUUCACCAUACUAUUUUAUAGUAUUAAUUUAGAUUAUCCCUUGUCUUAUGGCUUUGAAACGCACCGUAUGGGUUUCCCAAUAAGUUAGGGGAGUUCUUGUAAAGGAAAAAAUAAUUAGCUAAUUUGGAAUUAAAUUGUUUUACAAGUUAAAUGUUUUUCAAUUAAAUCGUUGUGUUCUUGGUUUCACAUAUUUUAAACGUUUAAGAACUUUUUAUUUCUUUAGAAAUUGGAGAUAAAUUGUCGUUCCCGAAAUUGUCCCUUGCAAUAUAACAAAGAACAAAAUUAAGUAAUUUAAUGGAAAUAUGAAAUAUAAAUGUAGUUGCAUUAAAAAAGAAUUUGAACUAAACUUGAACUUAAAGAAAUUUAGAGAUGAGAACAAACAAAUAAAGCCUAAAACUAAAAUCAAAUGUUGUAACGAAUGAUAUUAUGGAAAUCCGCCUCAUUGCAAUCAACUGUUGAAUAUUUUAAUUUUACACAAAAAUAUACUAACAAAAUGACAUAUUUUGACAUACCUAAGAAGCAUAUAAAAUAGAAAUAUAAAAAUAAAAAUAAAUAUACGUUUAUAUAGUAUAUGAAAGUUGACGCACCAAAGUGAAAAAGCAAACUAAACUAACUGUAUCUGUACCUAAGAAAUAUUUUUUCCUGUUUUCAGCUCGACGAUAAAUUAAGCUAAUAUAGCUUAUCUCUCGCUCGAUAUACAAAAACAUUAAUAUAUAAAAUACUGUAAACAUUAUAUUUAAAUAUUGUUGAUAGCAAAUUUGAUUGAAUAUUUUCUAGUAACGAUACGCUAGUUCUUGUGUACAGCACCAUAUUUCUUGAGAUCUUUCGGGUAGAUUAACCUUAGUAUUAUGCAUUCUGUACAACUGCACUCACAGUUAUGUUUGUUGAGCCGAUACUUAAAGAAAACUUUCUCUAUAUAUAUAUAAAUUGAAGCAUCAUACUCAUAUAUGGUAUACACUUAUAUAAGAAUGUACAAGUAUUAUACACAAAGCGCAUACAUAUGAUACAAAGGAUACAAUACCCAACCCGAAAACCAAAACACACAGAAUAAGAAAGUUAAAGUGAAAAUGAA